AAUACUGAAAUCGACUUGUAUAUUAAACUUUAAUGAUAUAAGAAUGUACAACCUUGAAUGUAAAUAAACAGAAUGUCAGAUUCUAGCCGACGUGUUUCGCUGUUUUGGACUAUACCGUGGUGGGAGAAUGAACAGUGAAAUGUCUUCGUUGGAACUUGUAGUCAGUGUUAACUUUCUAAUCGCGCCGAUCGGACCUGAUAAGAUAUUUGCGGCUAUUUAAUAUCAUUUCAGUGUAUAAUACGAGAGCGUAAUGUCAUACGAAACUUUGAAGGAACGAUUGACCGCUCACGGUCAAGAGCAUCUUAUCAAGUACUGGCCGGAACUUAACGAAAAUGAGCGGGAACAAUUGGCGGGAGAAAUCGGAAAAUUGGACAUGGCCGAAAUGAAUACAAUUUUUCGACGAGCUAUGGACAGUACUAAAGUUAUUUUAGAGAAGACCGACGAUGAUUUGAAGCCGAUACCAGAAUCGCACUACGAAACCGUGCCCGGGUUGACUAAAGAAAAAAUUCAAGAGUACGAAAAUAUUGGUUUCAAAGAAAUUUCUGAAGGUAAAGUUGGUGUUUUGUUACUAGCAGGCGGACAAGCGACUAGACUUGGGUUCGGUCAUCCUAAAGGAAUGUAUAAUGUUGGAUUACCAUCAAAGAAAACAUUAUUCCAAAUACAAGCUGAGAGAAUUCUAAGAGUACAGAAUAUGGCAGCUGAAAGUACCGGAAAAGAGGGUAAAAUAACUUGGUACAUAAUGACAUCUGAACACACCAUGGGUCCAACUGCAGAAUACUUCAAAAAUCAUUCAUACUUUGGCUUGAAUGAGGAAAAUAUUAAAUUCUUUGAGCAAGGGACAUUACCUUGCUUUGAUUUUGAUGGUAAAAUAUUUUUAGACAAGAAACACCAUGUUUCUUCAACUCCUGAUGGUAAUGGAGGAUUAUACCGAGCUUUGAAAACCCAAGGUGUGCUAGAAGAUAUUAAAAGAAGAGGUGUACAACAUUUACAUGCUCAUUCCGUUGAUAAUAUCCUUACUAAAGUUGCUGAUCCAGUGUUUAUAGGAUAUUGUAAGAGUAAGAAUGCAGAUUGUGCGGCCAAAGUGGUGUCAAAGUCAACCCCUAGCGAAGCUGUUGGGGUUGUGUGCAGAGUGAAUGGACAUUAUAAAGUAGUGGAGUACUCCGAACUGACAGAUGAAGCUGCAGAGCGUAGAAAUCCCGAUGGACGACUUACUUUCCGAGCAGGUAAUAUUUGCAACCAUUACUUCUCGUCUGAGUUCCUUACAAAGAUAUGCGAUUAUGAAACGAAAUUGAAACUGCACGUGGCCAAGAAGAAGAUACCUUAUGUAGAUGAAAAUGGUGUCCGUCAAACACCUUCAGAACCGAAUGGUAUAAAAUUGGAGAAGUUUAUUUUCGACGUGUUUGAAUUUGCGGAGAAAUUUAUAUGCUUAGAAGUCGCUAGAGAUGUCGAGUUUUCUGCGCUCAAAAAUUCGGAUGCUGCUAAAAAAGACUGUCCGUCUACUGCCAAGGAGGAUUUACUGCGUCUACAUAGAAAAUACAUAAGAGAAGCUGGAGGUAUUAUUGAGGACAAUAUUGAUGUAGAAAUUUCGCCAUUGCUGUCAUAUGGAGGUGAGAAUCUCGAAGAUUUGGUGAAAAAUGAAGUAUUUACUAUAAGUCCAUUCCAUUUAAAGAGUAUUUAUGAAUCAACCACCAAUGGAGUAAAUGGUAAUCACUGAGUAAUUACGAACCAAAACCCGACAGACUGAAGAUGACACUAAACUCGUUGGAAUCGUUUCAGUU